GUUAACUGUAUAACAACCUCAUCUGGAAAUCUAGCAACCGUAAAGCGAGUAUCUCAACCUGCACUCAGUAGCAAGAGGGAAACAAAGCUAGAAAAAUGGCUUCUGUUUUCUCUGUACACCCUUUACCUUCUUCUUCUUUCCUCUGUCCACUCAAAACCACAAAAUCAAGAACAAAGCAUCAUCAAACUUUUUACACUUACCAAAAAACAAUCUUGAUAAAUUCACUUCAGUUAACAGAACUUGACCCAAAAAUACCACAACCAGUGCAAACAUUUUGGCAAUGGCUAUGUAAAGAAGGGGUUGUAACAACAAAGACACCGGUAAAGCCAGGAAUUGUACCAGAAGGUUUAGGACUUGUUGCUAAAAGAGAUAUAGCUAAAGGUGAAACUGUUUUACAAGUGCCUAAAAGAUUUUGGAUUAAUCCAGAUGCAGUUGCUGAAUCUGAAAUUGGGAAUGUGUGUAGUGGAUUGAAACCUUGGAUUUCUGUUGCACUUUUCUUGCUUAGAGAGAAGUGGAGAGAUGAUUCCAAGUGGAAAUAUUAUAUGGAUGUUCUUCCAAAGUCUACUGAUUCUACUAUAUAUUGGUCUGAAGAGGAGCUCUCUGAGAUUCAAGGGACUCAACUGUUAAGCACGACGAUGAGUGUGAAAGAUUAUGUGCAAAAUGAAUUUCAAAAAGUGGAAGAAGAAGUCAUACUUCGUAACAAGCAGCUUUUCCCUUUUCCUAUAACUUUGGAUGAUUUCUUCUGGGCAUUUGGAAUACUCAGAUCAAGGGCAUUUUCCCGUCUUCGGAAUCAAAAUCUUAUUCUCGUCCCCUUUGCUGACCUGACAAACCACAAUGCCAGAGUGACAACAGAAGAUCACGCGCAUGAAGUUAGGGGACCAGCCGGUCUGUUCUCGUGGGAUUUGUUAUUUUCUUUACGAAGUCCAUUGAAACUGAAAGCUGGAGACCAGCUUUUCAUUCAAUAUGACCUGAACAAAAGUAAUGCUGAUAUGGCGCUUGACUAUGGUUUCAUCGAACCAAGUUCAGCUCGUGAUGCAUUUACGUUAACAUUAGAAAUAUCAGAGUCUGACGAGUUUUAUGGAGACAAGCUGGAUAUAGCAGAGACAAAUGGCAUAGGAGAAACUGCUUACUUUGACAUAAAGAUUGGACAAUCUCUCCCUCCUACUAUGAUUCCAUAUCUGAGGCUGGUUGCCCUAGGCGGAACUGAUGCUUUCCUACUAGAAUCAAUUUUCAGAAAUUCCGUUUGGGGUCAUCUUGGUUUGCCUGUUAGCAGAGCAAAUGAGGAGCUCAUAUGUAAAGUCGUACGAGAUGCAUGCAAAUCUGCACUUUCUGGCUAUCACACCACAAUUGAAGAGGAUGAGAAACUGAUGGAGGAAGGAAACCUCAGUACAAGGCUUCAGAUAGCAGUUGGGAUAAGAUUGGGGGAGAAGAGGGUAUUGAAACAAAUCGACGAUAUCUUUAGGGAAAGGGAACUGGAACUAGAUGAAUUAGAAUACUACGGGGAAAGGAGGCUUAAAGAUCUUGGCCUUGUUGGAGAGCAAGGAGAUAUCAUAUUUUGGGAGCCAAAGUAAGGACACUUCUACUGAAUGCGGGAUGCUUUGUGCACCUGCUGAUCUUAUGAUCAGUCUAGUUGAGUUAUUACAGCUUGGGCUUGAGAGGUUGCUUUUAUCUGAUGUAAAUAAUGAAAGAGCGGUUCUAUAUUAUCUUCUUGUGAAAUCCUCAAGCAUCAGAAUUCUUCAGGACAGAAGAGUUCAGAAGAUAACAUCAGUCAUCAGAUUAUUUCAAGGUUUUAGUCUUAUUGUGUUUAAGAUUAGUCUAAGCAAGUGAAACCUUUGAUUGAGGCCACCAUUAUCUUCCCAUUGGUCCUCAGAUCUAAAGAUGUUACUUAUUGAAGAGUUCACAUUUAUGUAUUGACAAUAUAAAAGAAAUUUACACCAUCAGUAACAAAAUAAUUACUGGUAAAUUUUUAUGAUAAA